AAUGUUAUUGUAAAAGAACUUGCUUCUUGUACUGUUGAGAAUAAUGUACCAACCAAUGUUUCCAGUAAUACAUUAGACCACUGCAAGAAGCGAAAAAUCGAUGUAACUAACUUCUUAGCUCCUGUUAAAAAGGUAUACAACAUGGAUACAGUUUCAUCUACAGUUAAAGAUAGUGCUCAGGUUAAUUUUGUUGACGAUGAUGAGAGUUUUCACAUCUCAAAGCUUUUUGAAGCAGGUGAAAGUACCAAUGGUGAUAAAUCAAUAAAGCAAAACAAGAAAAAAAAUGGGAAAGAUAAAGGAAAUGAUGAAAAGAAGAGAUUACCUAAUUAUUUUCUUGCUAUACGAAUAUAUAAUCAGGAAAUUCAUGAAAAACUUUCUGCUUUACAGGAAACUAUUAAAAGUAUUAAUGCAGAUUUUGUACACAGCUUUGUGAAUGUAUCUACAUUGCAUGUUACUUUAAACGUUUUGAGUUUAAAUGACCUGCUUGAAAUAGAAAAUGCAAUCAAUGCUUUACACCUUGCUACCCAAAAGGUUUCUGAAAUUGUAAAGGAGUACACUGAGAGAACCUUAGAGUUUGAAGGGUUGGGUGAUUUUCGUGGACAAGUUGUUUUUGUAAAAUUAAAGCAUAAUAACACAGUUAAGUUUAUAGAAAAACUGGUGGAUGUUUUUAAAAAUUCAUUUAAGGAAUUGAAGGUACAUUAUCCUGCCAAUGAGAAAUUCACUCCCCAUUUAACUGUUAUGAAACUUAGCAAAUGUUUUAAGUUGAUGAAAAAGAAGGGAAUUAAACGUAUUCCACAAAAGAUGUAUAAAGCUUCCAAAGAUAGUCAUUUUGGUUUCGAUGAAAUUAAAGAUGUUUUGCUUUGCUCAAUGACUGAUAAAAAGGAUUCGAAUGGGUUUUAUAAAGUUGUUGCCUCUGUCAAUUUAGACACUAUGAAAGUAGCAAAACAUGUCAGUAAUGAAGACUUGGAUGUUGUUAGCCUAUCAACUUGGAAUGUUGUUGAAAGAGAUAUUUCAGUGACAGAAGAUAUUGAAGCAUCAUGGCACAUUGUAGACGAAGAUGAAAUCAAAGAAGCUAAAAAUGCAGUUGAUAAUAAAUCUUUUAAUUUUAGUAAUGAUAUGGAAAAGAAAAAUGAUAAAUAAUUACUCAAGGCAUGAGCUACAUGUAUCAAUAAAAGAAGACACUAGUAAACAUAUGGAGAUUUUUUCCCUUUUUGAGAGCAGCAAUUGGCCUUUGUUUAUGGAAUUGAUUGAAUAAGCUGAUUUCAUUGGAUUGGAUGUCAAACAUACAUACGUGCAUGGCCAAGUGAAUGUUUUUUAGUGAAGCUAGGAGAAUAUUAAAGUUCACAAACUGUAAAGCUGGCUGUAUAUAAACUUGGAUUAAAAAAAGAGGAAAAUUGAAAUAUUGGAUCAAAGUUUUAUUGUAUCGUGUUAGAGUUUAAAAUUUUCAUUAAGAAUCAUCGUUUAUAUAUCUUUUUAUAUAUAUUUUUAUAUAUAUUUUUUUAUAUAUAUUUUUAAGGUUCAAAAAUUGUUGAAAGGUUUUGAAAUGAAAUGGAAUUCUUUGUGUUCAAUUUAUAAUUUUAUUUUUAUCAUGAGUAGCUAUGUUGUAAUUCAUCUUGUAAUCCAAUUUUAUGGGUUAUAGAAAAUUCAUAUUUUUUAACAAUCACUUUAACGUUAUUAUGGAUUCGCUUGAAUUAUUAAAGUUAACGAAAUUUGAAUUAUUGAUGUGUAGAAAAUUUGCUGUAAUAAGCAAAUGUGAUGAGAUUUAAAACAUGGUGGAUUUUUAAAGCAUAGCUUGUUAUUUUAUGUUUAUUUAUGUUAUUAAAUGAUUUUACGUUCUUGUAAAUGAAUGCAGGUGAUAUGGUGACUUGCAAAAAUUAAACGCACUUCUUUA